AUGCGGGAAGGGGCAGGGGAGCAGCAUCCCCAGCACAAACAGGCACAGCAGCAGCCCCAGCAGCAGCAGCCGCAGCAGCAGCAGGAGCAGCAGCAGCAGCUGCAGCAGCAGCUGAGGCAGCUAGCAGCGGCAAUGAAGUCUCCGGACACUUACUCGCGUGCAGCAGCUCAAAACACGUCUGAGGAAUACUGGAAAUUCCAGAUAGCAGCAGCAGAAGCAGCAGCAGAAGCAGCAGCAGAGGCAGCAGCAGAAGCAGCAGCAGAAGCAGCAGCAGAAGCGGCAGCAGAAGCAGCAGCAGAAGCAUCAGCAGAAGCAGCAGCAGAGGCAGCAGCCGAAGCAGCAGCAGCAGCAGGUGCAGCGGCAACGGGAGCAGCAGCAAAAGCAGUAACAGAUACUGAAGCAGCAGCAGCAGCAAGUGAGUGCAGGACAGCAGACUCAGAAGCUUCGCCUGCAGCAUCAGCAGCAGCGGCAGAGGCAUGCAGAGUGGGUUUGCAGCAGCAACAACAGCAACAGCAGCAGCAACAGCAGCAGCAGCAGAAGCAGCAACAGAAGCAGCAGCAGCAGCAGCAGCAUCAUGACCAGGAUGCGCACGGCGCGCACCUUUCACAUUCCCUGAGUACCCCUUCUGCAGCCAGCGAUGGGAACAUGGCAGCAGAAGCAGCAGCAGCAGCAGCAGCAGCAACAGAACUUGCUGCGCUGCAGCGACAGCAAAGCGGAUCUGCUGUUUCGGUUUGGCUGUAUGAACGGCUGGCCCUUUUGGAGCAGCAAAUUAGAAACCAACAAGAGAUGCAUCAGAAGGAAAUGGCAAACUUGAGAACCAGCCACGAGGUCUCUCUGUCUUUGGCUUUGAGGGGCGCCAGCAGCAAACAAAUAGCAGCACACAUUGCAGCAGCGCAGCAGCUGCUGUGCAGCAACUGCGGCUGCUUGCUGCAGCAGCAACAGCAGCAGCAACAGCAGCUGCAGCAACAGCAGCUGCAGCAGCAACAGCUGCAGCAGCAACAGCUGCAGCAGCAACAGCUGCAGCAGCAGUUGCAGCAGCAACGGGAUAGCGGUAGUAGAGGGGAGAGUGCCCCCAGCGACAAAAGCAACAGCAGCAAGAGCGAAGUGGCAGCAGCAGCAGCAGCAGCAGCAAAGCAGACGGAGCAAGGAGGUGCAGCGACACUAGCGGCACCUCUUGCUGCUGCAGCAGCAGCACCAGCAGAACUGCCAGCAGCCACAGCUGCACCAACUUCCGUACACGAAGUCACACUGAGGAAACAAGAACACGGCAGCAGCAACAGCAGCAGCAGCUGCUGCUGCUGCAGCCAUAGCAGCAGUGCCUCGUUCAGAGAGGGCAGCAGCGGCAGCAGCAGCAGCAGGAGUCGGGCAGCAUCUGCUGCUGCAGCAGCAGAUAAUGGGAAGUGCCUACCUGCAGCAGCGUCGUCCCCACACGCUGCUGCUGCUGCUGCUGCUGCUGCUGCAGAAACAGGCGAGCAGCGGGAGCCCUCUGCCGCCCACCAUGAUGACCCGCGGCAGCAGCAGCAGCAGCAGUUGCAGCAGCAUCAGCUCCAGCAGCACGAGCAACAGCAGCAGCAGCUGCUGCUGCUGCAGCAGAUGCAGCAGCAGCAGCAGCAGGAGUGCGCGUUAGACAAGAGAGAGGAACUCGUGAUGCAUGCAGAUUGCUGCUGCUUGCUGCAGCACUUGGCUUCAGUCACCUGCCGCCACUGUGGGGUUGCUGUUAGACCCCUCGCGCUGGGAACUCACCUGCGGCGCUGCUUGCUGCAGCAGCAGCAGCAGCAGUUAAACCCUUUGGCUCUCGCGUUUGCUGCUGAAAGGAGACUUAAAGAAAAAAGAAAAACAGACAAAAGAGCAGCAGCUUCUUCUCUCAGCAAACAAGCCUUCUGCUCCGGGCUGGCUUUCCACUGCCCGCAGCAGUCCUUCCGCUGA